AUUCAAAUCUGUGACCUUUAUGGACUUCUCCGCUAAUGUUUUUCCCGUUUCUCCCUCACUUUCCUUCUCUGUUUGUUUCCACUCACUCUCACACACACGCACACAGCUCACGUUUUCUUCACGAGCAAUGAGUGAGUACCUGAUUUCAAUGCUUUCAAACCCUAAUCGUCGCAUUUGAAACCUCUUCUCUCUCCUCACUCCUACCAAUGGCGACGGCGGCAUUCAAAUCCACCACGAAGAGAACCCCCGUCGCCGGAGCUUCCUCCACCGAGGACACCGCCUCCUCCCUCCGCCACCGCCGUUCCCGGAGCCUCAGCCGACCCUCCCGCCCUCUCUCCUCCCGCGACGAGGAUCGUCCGAAAGGGAGCUUCGUCAACACCGUUAGGGGCUCCGGCUUCCCGGAAAUCAGCCUCGAUGAUCUCGCCAUCGAGUUUUUCGAGUCCGCCGACCGCGGUCGCUUCAGUUCCAGGAGCUCUGAGUCGGAGGCCACUCCGGCCGGCGGGACUGCGUCGCAGAGGCGGGGCAGGUCAGCUUCCAGGAAGGGCUUGGGUGGAGCUGGUGGUGAUGAUCGAAGGAGUAGCAUCGGCGGCGGCGGCGGUGGAGGAAGAGCGGUGUCAGAUGCUAAUUCGAGAAGGAGAAGAUCGCUUUCAGUAGUUCGGUACCAAAUUAGUGAUUCUGAGAGUGACCUGGAUCAUUCUCAGAAUUCUAAAAGUCGUGCAAAUCUGAAAAAUACUGAUUUUGGAAACAAGCUAAUACUCAAGCCAGUUGCUUCAGAUCAAAGACCAGCACUGAGAAAGUCCCUAAGCCAGAAGGACUUGAGAUCAUAUGAUGGCUACUCUAGUCAUUCUUCAGUUCUCACUGAUGAUGAAGGAGCAGGUGCUCACUUCAAUAGAAGUGGAAUGGAGAAACUGCGAGCAGGAUAUGCACAGAAGAAGAUGCCACUUCCUGACAUGGAUAAUGGAUUGCACAAAGCAAUGCGGAAGGAAUUAAGGCAUAUGGAAUCUGAACAAGCUGUGGUGAAAUCAAGGCCCUCCUCUUCAUCCACGGGUGAUUGCAUGCUGUCGGACAAUGCUGAUGUCAUUAAGGGAUUUAAGGCUAUUUCUUCAAUCAGAAGGAGCUAUGAAACUGAACUGGAACAGUCAGAGAAACGAAAACAAGAUUUAUUGGCUGAAAUAGUGUUUGAGGAGCAGCGAGGCAGAGAACUUUCAAAGAUUGUUAAUGAAUUGGUUCCUGCUUCAAAGAUCAAUUCUAUACAAAAACCAGCAAGAGCCAGGAAGAGAAGUACUGACAGAAGUAGAAUGUCCAUGCGCUUGACUGAGGAGGCUGAGAAAUAUAUUGAGGAUUUUAUAUCAAAUGUUGAAGAUACAGAUAUUUCGUCACUUGAUGGUGAAAGGAGUGAGACAAGCUCAUCCAUUGGAGGACUGAUAAAACCAGAAACAUCUAAUAGUCCACCAAUUCCUAGAUCUAUUCCUGCUUUGAUGGAUGGGAUUACGUUGCCAUGGUUGCAAUGGGAGACAUGUAAUGAUGCUUCUCCUAUGACAAGCAUGAAUAACACCCUUAUAACUUCAAAAACUGCGAGUUCCACUCAGGAAACCACCAAACUUCAAGAUCAACGUAGCCAUUCUGCCAGCAGCCGCGGAAGCUGGAGCCCUGAUUGCCUUCAGGAAUAUAUUGGGAAGGAUGUAUUCAAUAAAGUUUAUGGCUACAAGGACCAGUCAUUCUCAGCUAAGUCUAAAGAAUUGAGGUAUGACAUAGAUGAUUAUCUCAAAGUUAAAACCAAUGAAGACUUUCUGGUUGAGAGAUGGAAGCAAAGACAGAGAAUUAAUUCAGGUAGUCUACUAUUAUGUCACCCAAGAUUAUUUUAGACAUCAUCUGUUCAAAGAUGGCCAAUGGCCCUUCACCCCCUGUAUCGUUUUCCCCCUUCACUCCCGGUAUGGUGGUAUGGUUUAUAUGUACAGAUAAUCACAAUUCAUAUUAUGCUACCAUAUAUUUAAAGACAAACACGUUGAUAAA